AUGACUACCCUGAACAGAGAAAGCAUGGAGCCAGUUGCCAACCCUAAUGAGAUGCUAUGGGUGGCCAUCAGCCUGACCAUCUUUGUGCUGUCUGUCGUCACUAUCAUCAUCUGCUUCACCUGCUCCUGCUGCUGCCUGUACAAGAUGUGCCGCCGACCACGUCCGGUUGUCACCAGCAUCACGUUCACCACUGUGGUGCACGCCCCUUACACUCAGCCUCCAAGUGUGCCACCCAGCUACUCUGGAUCGAGCUACCAGGGCUACUACCCCAUGCUCCCCCAGCCAGGGAUGACAGCAGCACCCUACCCAACACAGUACCCACCACCUUACUCGGCCCAGCCCAUGGGCCCGCGGGCUUACCAGGAGACACUGGCUGGAGGAGCAACCGCACCAUACCCCAUGAGCCAGCCUCCUUACAACCCGGCCUACAUAUAUGUCCCGAAGGCGGCUCCCGGAGCGUGCCCCGGCCUCUCCGGCUGCCACUAGGUUAUGUUGUGUGUGUGUGUGAGUGGUGUGCAAGCACGGUUCCUUACACCCCGUGCGUGCUGUGUGUGUCCUGCCUGUAUAUGUGGCUUCCUUUGAUGCUGACGAGGUGGGGAACGAUCCUUGCCAGAGUGGGCUGGGACCAGACU